UAAAAUUCAAAACCAUUUAGUUUUUAUUUAAAGCUUUGAUCAGUCGGUUUGAAUUGGUUUAACAUGUCUGAAAAUAAACAAGUAGUAGCUGCUGAGGGUGCAUCAAUAUACACCAUUAACCAACACAUAAAAAUUUCUGUUGGUUUUAUUAGCAAACUUGGUUUUUAUCAUGGUGUUUUACUCGAUUUUACCCUUGGAAAAGGAAUAUAGCAACAACAACUGGUUUUUGAACCAUUAGAAUGGAAAACAUUAAUCAAUUACAAAGAAGAGAUUUGCAAUUGUGCUAAGAAACGUGUUAGGGUAUUAAGUCAUAUCAUAAUACCUAAAAAGAAAAAAAUGUGAACACUGCAAUAGUUAAAGAAAACAUUAUAAUACACAGCAGUAGAGAAAAAAAAAGAUGGUGGAAAAACUGGAAACAAUACAAACCAUUAAUGUAUGUUCAAAUUUUAAAACUAUUUUUGCAAAGAAAAACGCACACUCUUCUUUUGCUACAAAAGUGAUUAUUAUGGAAAAAGAAGAAACGAGCAUAACGUUUAGCACAAAAGAGAUAAUAGCAAUACUAAGCUUGGAUUCAUUAAUUGAAUUUCGAAUGGCACGUCCGGAACAAAUGAAAUUCUAUACUUUUUAUAAUAAUUGUAUUACCUAUGUUAUGGAACAACAAGAGCAACGUAAAGAUGAAGAUCCAAUUAGAGAUAUUUUGGUACCUGCUCUUCAACCACAAUUAAUAACAAUGAGUGAAGAAAAUAAUACUACUACUACUGGUAAUAACACCAAUUUAUACUUUUAGAAAGACGUUAGAGAGUAUAGCUCUGGUGGAAUAAAAUUAAGUAACAAAAAUAUACAAAAAUUAUUAACUUUAGGAUAUACUCUGAGAUAAUAAACUUUCAACAUGAGCAGUAGCGAAUUAAGCAUUUUAGAAAAAUUGAGUUCUGAUGAGUCAAUUACGAAAGAACAAUAUCACACAUAUCAACCAAGAACAAAUAAUUUGAAAAAAAAUGAUGAAAUUCGUAUUUUAAUUCAACAACACGAUCAAUAUAGCAAACCAUAUGAAAGCUACUUGUACAUUCAAGGAGAAGUUGUAUUACCCGAGGCAACAACACAAGACCCAACACCUUCGGCUACCUUAUUAAAAAAUGCUUUUUGUUAUCUCUUUCAAGAAGCUAGGUAUGAAAUUAAUGGUGUGGAAAUUGAUCGAAAUCAGGAUGUUGGCACUACGACUACAAUUAAGAAUUACUUAUCAUGUAAACCAAACAAUUAUAACAACAUACUCUUUGGCUGGGAAAAAUCGGGUGAAUUAAGUUUGUAUAAUAAUACCAAGCGGACAUUUUAUGCGCAAAUUCCAUUAAAUAAACUAUUUGGUUUUGCUGAGGACUAUCGCAAAAUUAUUGUUAACGCUAGACAGGAAUUAAUAUUGUUAAGGUCAGCAACGGAUAAGAAUUGUUAUGUUGAGAGUGCGAAUGUUGAGAUAAACUUAUCUAAAGUUGAAUGGCAUAUGCCACAUGUUGAAUUGAAUGACUCAUCACGCAUUCAGUUCCUAAGCAUACUUAAAGCGGAUAAGCCAUUAUUAGUUCCGUUUCGUAAGUGGGAAUUGCAUGAGUUGCCAGCAUUGAAAAACACUAGUAAUGAUAUUUGGUCGGUUAAAACCUCAACAUCUCUUGAAAGACCGCGAUAUGUAAUUGUUUGUUUUCAAACUGAUAAGAAGAAUAAUCAUAUGCAAGAUGUAACCAUCUUUGAUCAUUGUAAUAUUAGAAUUAUGAAAGUAUUUCUAAACUCUACAUCAUAUCCAUAUGAUAAUAUGAAUUUAGACUUUGAAAAUAAUAAUUACAUUACGGCAUACAAUAACUUUUUAAACUUUCUACCAAGUUAUUAUCAAACGGAAUAUAAAUCGACAACAUCAAAUUUAACAUAUGCUGAUUUUAAGAACCAUACUUUUUAUGUUUUUGAUGUUACAAAGCAAAACGAGAGUGUUAAAACUUCAACGAUAGACUUGCAAAUUGAAAUGGAAUCCACAAAAGUAUUUCCAGCAAACACAAAAGCAUUUUGUCUUAUUCUGUUUGAUUCCAUUGUGGAGUACACACCGUUAACAGGAAUUGUGCGCAAAAUAGUUUAAGCUUUUCAACAAGAAAUAUGUAUUCAACUUGUUGCUGGAAAAAAACACAAGUAAUAAUACAAAGACAACAACAACAACCACAAUCAUAAAUAAAGAGAUUUGAUCCUCCUCCUCCUCUACAAAAUCAUAUAAAUGUUAUUUUCGUAUAAAAAAUAACCGUUUUUUAUGUUAACAAGUGUGUGGUAAAACUUAGUUUCAAUUUUGCAUAAGAAAGGAAACCAUAAAUAUACUUGUGUGGAAGUGGAAAUUUAAUUAGUUUUGACUUGAAUAUUGUUUAAGCUAACUUCAUCAUGUGCAAACGUCUCAACCGACAACAAGAAGUUAUUACGACCUAACUAAAGUUUAAGCUUUUCAACAAGAAAUAUGUGUUCAACAUAUGUGUUGUUGCUGAAAAAAAAACACAAGUCACAUUACCAGACAACCACUACCGCAAUCAUGAAUAA